GUGGAGUCACAGGGAGCUGCGCCACGGUCAGGCACGACACGAUACGGUUCGCGGACGGUAGCACAGAGAAGGACUUGACCUGGGUUGAUGCGGUCUCCAGCACAGGACUCUGCCGCACACACUCUCUCCUACCAUUUCCGGAGAUAAGAGGGCGCCCUGAGUCAUCUGCAGUCAGUCAGUCAGUCAGUCAGUCAGACAGUCAGUCAGUCAGACAGACAGACAGACAGACAGAGACAGGGAAGAGGAAUUUUUUUUCACUGCAACACUGAUAUUUUUGAACGGGAAAGGACGCGUGCUUUGACCGCAGUCAGUAUCUGUCUAUAAUCGCCCAGUGUGUGAGGUCUCGUUGCUCCUUCUCGGCUGUUUCUCCUUUUCGAAAUCAAUACAAAAAUAGUUUUAAGUUACAGCAGGUACAAGCAGCAGCAGCAACAGCACACAGCAGUGUUCUGGGGGCGAAGGAGCAGUCUGUUUGUCCGCCAUGGAGAACGCUCACACGAAGAGUGUGGAAGAAGUUUACAGUUAUUUCUGCGUCAACGAGAGCACGGGACUUUCACUGGACGAGGUGAAGCGACAGAAGGAGAAAUGGGGCCUAAACGAGUUACCGGCUGAAGAAGGGAAGUCUUUGUGGGAACUUGUCCUUGAACAGUUUGAAGAUUUACUUGUUCGAAUUCUUCUGUUGGCAGCAUGUAUAUCUUUUGUCCUGGCCUGGUUUGAAGAGGGUGAAGAAACAAUCACAGCGUUUGUGGAACCUUUUGUAAUCUUACUCAUUCUUAUAGCCAAUGCCAUCGUCGGUGUGUGGCAGGAACGCAAUGCUGAGGAUGCCAUUGAGGCACUUAAAGAGUAUGAGCCGGAGAUGGGGAAAGUGUACCGGCAGGACAGGAAAACUGUUCAGAGGAUCAAAGCCAGAGACAUCGUUCCUGGAGACAUUGUAGAAAUUGCUGUUGGAGAUAAAGUACCUGCUGACAUCCGUAUCUGUUCAAUCAAAUCAACCACCCUGAGGGUGGACCAGUCCAUUCUGACCGGUGAAUCUGUCUCCGUCAUCAAACACACAGACCCUGUGCCCGACCCUCGUGCUGUCAACCAGGACAAAAAGAACAUGCUUUUCUCUGGCACUAACAUUGCAUCUGGAAAGGCCGUGGGUGUGGUUGUUGCCACUGGUGUAAAUACUGAGAUAGGCAAGAUCCGAGACGAGAUGGCUGCCACUGAGCAGGAUAAGACACCCCUGCAGCAAAAGUUGGAUGAGUUUGGCGAGCAGUUGUCCAAGGUCAUCUCCAUCAUCUGCAUAGCUGUGUGGGUCAUCAACAUCGGUCACUUCAACGACCCAGUGCAUGGAGGAUCCUGGAUCAGAGGUGCAGUCUAUUACUUCAAGAUCGCUGUGGCUCUAGCUGUGGCUGCCAUCCCCGAGGGCCUUCCCGCCGUCAUCACGACCUGCCUGGCUUUGGGCACUCGCCGCAUGGCCAAGAAGAACGCCAUUGUCCGUAGCCUGCCAUCUGUAGAAACCCUGGGCUGUACAUCCGUCAUCUGCUCGGACAAGACGGGAACCUUGACCACCAACCAGAUGUCGGUCUGCAGAAUGUUUGUUCUGAACAAGGUUGAUGGAGACAACUGCUCUCUGUCAGAGUUUACCAUCACAGGCUCCACCUACGCCCCUGAGGGGGAAGUAUACCAGGACGGUAAGCAAGUCAGGAGCUCCCAGUAUGACGCCCUGGUUGAACUGGCCACCAUCUGUGCUCUAUGUAACGACUCCUCCUUGGACUUCAAUGAGGUGAAGGGUGUGUAUGAAAAGGUCGGCGAGGCCACAGAGACUGCUUUGACCUGUCUGGUGGAGAAGAUGAAUGUUUUCGACACCGAAGUUCAUAACCUGUCCAAGAUUGACAGAGCUAAUGCCUGUAACUCGGUGAUCAAGCAGCUUAUGAGGAAGGAGUUCACUCUGGAGUUUUCCAGAGACAGGAAGUCCAUGUCGGUCUAUUGCACACCUAACAAAUCCCGUUCCUCUAUGGGAAAGAUGUUUAUCAAGGGAGCACCAGAGGGAGUUAUUGACAGAUGCGCUUAUGUCAGAGUUGGAAACACCAAAGUUCCCCUCACCAAAGGUAUCAAAGAAAAGAUCAUGUCAGUGAUCCGUGAAUACGGUACUGGUCGUGAUACAUUGAGGUGCCUGGCGUUAGCCACACGAGACAGCCCACCAAAAAUGGAGGAUAUGGUUCUGUCAGACACAGCCAAAUUCAUAGAAUAUGAGACUGACUUGACCUUUGUCGGUUGCGUUGGAAUGCUGGACCCUCCAAGACAGGAGGUGGCCGCCUCUAUCCAGCUCUGCCGUCAGGCUGGUAUCCGUGUCAUCAUGAUCACCGGGGAUAACAAGGGCACAGCUGUGGCUAUCUGCCGCCGCAUCGGCAUCCUCUCAGAGGACGAUGACAUCGAACACAUGGCCUUCACAGGAAGAGAGUUUGAUGAACUCUCACCGGCUGAUCAGCUAGACGCUGUGAAACGUGCCCGCUGUUUUGCCCGCGUUGAGCCUUCGCACAAGUCCAAGAUUGUUGAGUUCCUGCAAGGUUUUGAUGAGAUCACUGCCAUGACAGGGGACGGAGUGAAUGAUGCUCCUGCCCUCAAAAAGGCAGAGAUUGGCAUUGCCAUGGGCUCUGGCACUGCAGUAGCCAAGUCAGCCUCAGAGAUGGUCCUCGCUGAUGACAACUUCUCUUCCAUUGUGGCCGCCGUUGAAGAAGGCAGAGCUAUUUACAAUAACAUGAAGCAGUUCAUCCGAUACCUCAUCUCCUCCAACGUAGGAGAAGUGGUUUGUAUCUUCUUGACUGCUGCACUGGGUUUCCCUGAGGCUCUGAUCCCAGUUCAGCUGCUCUGGGUCAACCUGGUAACUGAUGGCCUUCCUGCCACUGCCCUCGGCUUCAACCCUCCAGAUCUGGACAUCAUGGAGAAGCCUCCACGCAAUGCCAAGGAACCUCUCAUCUCUGGCUGGCUUUUCUUCAGAUAUCUGGCCAUCGGAGGCUACGUGGGCGCAGCUACUGUUGGAGCUGCUGCCUGGUGGUUUGUUAUUGCAGAAGAUGGUCCUCAGGUCAGCCUGUACCAGCUGAGCCACUUCCUCCAGUGUACCCCAGACAACCCAGAGUUUGAGGGUCUGGACUGUGAAGUCUUUGAGUCACCUUACCCAAUGACCAUGGCCUUGUCUGUGCUUGUCACCAUUGAGAUGUGCAAUGCUCUCAACAGUCUGUCAGAGAACCAGUCCCUGCUGCGGAUGCCUCCCUGGGAGAACAUCUGGCUGCUGGGGGCCAUCUGUCUCUCCAUGUCCCUCCACUUCCUCAUCCUCUAUGUGGAACCUCUACCUGUCAUUUUCCAGAUCACCCCUCUGGAUUGGACCCAGUGGCUGAUGGUGAUAAAGAUCUCUGUGCCUGUCAUCUUGCUGGAUGAGCUGCUUAAGUUUUUGGCCAGGAACUACCACGACUUUGGUAAACAGCUGGAGAAGCCGUCCUCCAAAGGCAGCUCUCUGUCUGCAUGUGCCAAGGGAAUCUCCUGGCCGUUUGUGGCCGUCUCCCUUCCACUGGUGCUGUGGAUCUACAUCACUGACGCUAAUGUGUCUGCCCUGCUGUGGCCCUGACUGACUGACCAGUAAAACCACAUCUACCCCAUCCCGUUCCCCCUCCCACUCACGUGCACCAGUGUGUAGUGGAUAUUAACAUGCACAGAGACACACAUUUGUGUAACACCAUUCCAUUAACUUAGAACUACGUAGAGUCCACACCUGCACCUGCUCUGACAUUUUGUCUGCUGUCAGAUAUUUUUGUAUUUAAACAUUCUCACCGUUUCAUAUUUGUGAGGGGGAAUUUUAGAUUGUACUGUAACGAUGUAGGUUUUUACUUUUAUUUAAACAUCCUGCUUAUCACCCUAUGUGAUUGACAGUUGCAGAGCUGCCCAUCAUGACCGGGCUGCAUGUUGAGCUGUACAGAGAAUUUACACUAUUUUAUAAUUAAUAAUAUUUUGUAAUUUAUGGGGAGGGCUGUUGGGUUGUGAAGACGAUGCGAGGUACCAUGUUGUAUAAAAGUAUAAUAAUUCUGGAAAGGGGGGGGCAGAGCCUUGAGUAUAUCUGCCCCCUGUUAUUGUGUUUGAGCUGCAGGCGUCCUUUGCAUUCCUUAUUUUCUGCAUUAGGCAGAGCACAGCUACCUCAGGGCUGUUAAUAAAACCAUUGCUACACAUCUGUCUAGUCAUUUAAUAACAUUCAUUGAAUUGAGGUAGGAACCCACUGGUUCUGCCCUGACGCACAUUUUAAUUAUAUAUUUUCUUUCUCUGUUCUGGGAGGAAAGAACCAGAAGAUGUUACCAUUGUGAGUCGGUGCUUUUUUCUUUUUCUUUUUUAAUUCCUGCAGCCUUGCGUCAGAUUUGUUUACUUGAAAAUAUAUUUGUCUUCAUUUCUCCAGGUUGAACCUUAAUUUUUUUUUUGAAAAUAUAUAUUAAAGUAAAGUUUAUAAUUUAUGUAAAAUGUGCACAUACUGUAUCUGAAUAGGAAAAGAAGCACAGAGAACCUGAGCACAACGUAAAGCUGGGAGCUGUGAAAGGGUCUGUCUGUCUGUACACAGCACGCGGUAGUACUCUGUGUUACAACUUUAUUUAGUAAAAACCUGUCAACUGCCAUGUUCGCUAUCAUUUAAACAGCUCUGGUGUGUGUUUGCUCCGUCAGUGAACUUCAGCUGAUUAUGGCUGAAUUACGCUGCAGGUCAUUCCAACCCAACGGAGCAGAAAUGAGGACUUAAGAGGAGAGCAGUCAGUUCAGUUUCAUGAGAACAUCACUUAGAUUAGAAAUCUGUUUCUGAUGUAAGUGAUGGUGUUUAGGAAGUGAAUGACAGGUGUGCUCACAAUUCCAUCAUCUGCAUGUUUGAUGUCAAGUAUCCAGGACUGUGUGUGUUUAACAUUAUUAUAUAGUCUUACAUGCACAGUAAGUACAUGUUGACCUGCAUGUUUCUACUAUCAGUUGUAUCCACUGCUUCCGACCUCCAACACCUUCCAGCUAACUGGUUGUGAAAGUACACUAAGCAGCAGUGAACCACUAGGCGGCAACACAAUGUCGAUGUUUGAUAAGAUUUUCUUUGAGGUAUGUCUUUCAUAAAGGUUUGUCUAUUUAUCUUAAAACUUCUGGACACACUAAAAAAAAAAACACCUAGUGUUUUUAAUUUAAUGUCAAGUUGGAAUGACUUCAUUUAAAAUGUUAGCUGUGACUGUGAUGAUUGACAAAAAUCGUUGAACUGUGAAGGUUCACUGAGAAAAUGCAUACAAGUAAAUAUAUUUUUCUGAAAUAGAGUAAGAAUUCUAAGUUAGUGCAGAGCGACUGCUUCUGGAUAUUGAUUGUAGAUUGUGAACCUCGUUUAAAGCUACUGUGAGUCAUUCUUACUGAGGGAUGAUUCGGAAAAAUCUGGAUUUAAACCCGGGCCUAGGGUGAGAAUUUGUUCUCCACAUUAGCUCUAAAUGUUUGUAUAUUGACAGGAUAUGCUGUUAUUCUUCCAUUAGAUGUAUUUUAUAUGGACUAUGAAUUGAUCUUGUCCAUCAUAUGGCCUUCAUCAGUCUAAAAAUACCAAGUACCUAUGAAUUUGCUCUGAUGUUUCUGCUUAGAUUUGCACGGUGGCACAGUCAUCACUCACUCUUUUCACUCUUCCUCUCUCCUCUUCUUCUUUGCAGCAAAGGACAAGUAAAGGCGCACCUCUACUGUCAUUUACUUCCAGAACUUUACUUUGGUUUUGUUUUGUGUUGUGCAUGUUUGUUUUUGGGCCACACAUCUUAGAGGAGCUGCAUGUCAGUGAUAACGUACGGAGAUGAGGGGCCCGCGAAAGGUUUCUACAUCAGUUUUUUUUUUCCCUCAAAAUCCUCAAAGUUUGAUAUAAGGUUAGCCAUUUCCACUCCCAUGACUCCCUCUACUCUCCUGCAUGAAGAGCCUUAGAUUCUGAUCCAGGUCUCAUUCUUUUAGACUACAAUCUUAGUCCUGUGUACAGUACUGUGUACAAUAAUCCUUUUUUUGAUUGUGCAUGUCCACUCAGCAGCAGAAGCCACCUGUGUUUCCUGAUUGUGUAUUAGACAAAUGUAUAGUAUUGGUAUAUAGGAUUAAAUGACGUUACAUCAGCUAGUACAAAUGUUUAAUAAGCUCAACGCAGUUCAUUUUUCCUAAGGAAAUACUUUUAUGGGACAUUCAAAACCAGAUUUUUUUUCCUUUUGUUUUGCUUUGCACUGAGAGGUGCGACUUGUUUGGAGCAGAUGUAUUUUUUGCAGCGGUGCGUGUGUUUUAACCUGACAACGGCAGGCAGUCCCUCCAUUUGGCAUUUGUUGCCAAACUGCUGUACUGUAUUUUCUGAGAUGAUUGUAAGAUGUAUCAUGAACUUUGGUUUCAGGUAAAUAAAACUGUCCUAAGUUA